UUCAAUCGCGGAAGUGCAGCAACUGUGGUUUGUUUUGAGCAGUACGUUGCACAAGUGUGGUGUUUUGUUCGUCUUUUUUGUCAUUUUUUUAAGGAUAAGAAAGCGCUGGCAGCAGAAUAAAACAUGGAGGACGACGCUCCUGUCAUUUAUGGUCUCGAAUUUCAGGCCCGAGCACUGACCGCCCAGACAGCUGAGACUGAUGCUAUCCGUUUCCUCGUGGGUACACAGUCACUGAAGUUUGACAACCAGAUCCACAUCAUUGACUUUGAUGAUGAGAAUAACAUCAUUAAUAAGAAUGUCCUUCUGCACCAAGCUGGGGAGAUAUGGCACAUUGGCGCCAGUCCUGCAGAUAAGGCUGUGCUUACCACCUGCUAUAACAAAACCAGUGACAGCAGGCUGGUGUCCUGUGCGGCAGUAUGGCGGAUGCCGUCUGACUGGGAGACAGGAAGCCAUGAGUCACCUGAUGACUCCGCCCACAACCCUCAAACCCUGGAGCUGCUCUGUCACCUGGACGACAGCACCUAUGGUAACGCUGCCUGCGUACUCUGGGAGCCCAUGGGGGACGGCAAGCGUGUGAUUUCAUUGGCUGAUAACAAUGCACUACUCUGGGACCUGCAGGAGAGCUCCACACAGGCCACAUGCUAG